CUCUUCAAUGAUAUCUUCAUUAAAUAAGUCAUUAGUCAUAACUAAUCUGUUAUUUCUGUGUUUUCUGAUGAGUCGGGCGUCUGAACAACAACUUUGCGAAGAUAUCAAAGAGAACUACCAAUUGAUUGAAGCAUUUCAUUACAAGAAAGAUCUGAUUAUUGAAAUAACAAAAAAGCCGAUUCAAACAAAUGGAGACAACAACGAUGGAAACAUCAAGUUUUAUAUCAUUAAAGACUUUGAUACAACUCCUCUUGAAUCGGGAGGUGAAACCAAGUUUAGUGAUGUGAUCGACGCGUCAACGGUAUGGCAAACGGAUGUCAUAUCACAACUGUCCAAAAUGAAUAUCCUAUUCUGGUUGGGCGGUCCACAGUUCAAUACAAAUGAUCGCAAUCUUAUUGGCAUAAACUCUGCAAAUCAAGACGGCAUUGAUAUGUUGAAGGGUUGGGAGUUCAUACCUGUCACUAACUUCGGUACUGGCAAUGACAGUGCAAAUCACUUGUCUUUUACUGGUCCUCCAAAUGAAAUCAACAUAAAUCUGUAUAAACACGAACCAAACAAAGAAAAGUAUAGUUUGAUGACAUUGUUUACAAAGUUUCCACAGGAAUCGCUUGAGAAGCUAAUCCAAGCCAUUAUACAACUGCCAUCUCAGACAAACUUUCCGUCAAGACUUCUAGUCUUUUAUUUAGAAAUGUCGAGAAAGCCGGUACCAAAAGGCGAAUCAAAUUCGGAGUUUAAAUUACAUGUCUUUGAGGCUAAAAAUAAAACAUACGGCGAUUCACAGCAUGAGCUCGAAUGGGAACAUCAAGAAGGAGACGACAAAUGCUUUAUCUAUGAGACGGUUAAUGCCAGCGCUCUGUUGACCGACAAAUACACUGAAAGUGGAGGAAAAUCUGAAUUCAAAUUUAUUCAAUUCUUAGGCAAUGAAUUCAAGAUCAAGAAAGCCAUUGUCGACAACAAACAAAUGUACAAAAAUAUCAAUGAAGUUACUGGYGGUUCAAYUCAAAAGUUGUUUAACUGUCAAAAAUUGACAACAAAAACACCAACAUCACCACCAACAUCAACACCACCAUCAACACCGUCAUCAACACCACCAUCAACACCACCAUCAACACCACCAUCAACACCACCAUCAACACCACCAUCAACACCGUCAUCAACACCACCAUCAACACCACCAUCAACACCACCAUCAACACCACCAUCAACACCACCAUCAACACCACCAUCAACACCACCAUCAACACCACCAUCAACACCACCAUCACCAGCAACACCAGCAACACCACCACCAAGUGGUGGACCAGAUGAUGGCACUACAAAAGAGCCAAAAAAGACAAAGAACAUUUUGUGGUGGUUGUUGUUCAUUAUUAUUACAGUCAUCUUAUUACUAAUUGUUGUGUUGAUCUUGGGUUUCGUGUAUUAUAUCUUUUUUAUAGAUAGGGUUAAACAGAGUAGAGAUCCUAAAGAUAAAAGUAUAAAAGAAGAAGAAAUACAUAUGAAAGAGAUUACAAAAAGUGAUGAACAAACAAAUCCAGUCAUAGAACCAACUGAGCAAUCAUUUGGUAAGGAAGAGCCCACUUUGGUUAAGUCGGAUCACUGA